CAACCAUUACAACACCCCUCUCUGAGCCAGCAGGCAAUCACACAAAGCACAAAAGAUCAUGAAGAUCAACAAUAACACCUUAGUCACUUCCUUCAACUCCUCAACCCUAUUUCAGGGCUCUCAAGACAUGGUCUCAAUUGAAUUACCAUUAAUUCUUUUGAGCUUUUCCUUCUCUACUGUUCUUCUCACGGCUUUGUUGUUCUUUCUUUUUGUCAAGAACAAAUCCAAACCCAUUGGUAACAAGAGCAAAUUACCACUUCCUCCUGGCCCAAAACCAUGGCCGAUAGUUGGAAAUCUCCCCGAAAUGCUCUCAAACAAACCAAUAUCCCAAUGGAUACACAACCUUAUGGAUGAAAUGAACACUGAAAUAGCUUGUAUUCGUCUAGGAAAAGUUCAUGUUAUUACAGUUACUAGUCCUGAAUUGGGACGAGAGUUCUUGAAGAAACAAGAUGCUAUUUUCUCAUCUAGACCUAUUUGCAUGGCCGCUGAUCUUGCUAGUAACGGAUACUUAUCGGUAGCUCUAGUCCCCUCCGGCGAACAAUGGAAAAAAAUGAGGAGAAUCCUCGCUUCUGAGGUGCUUUCUCAGGCGAAACACCGGUGGCUUCAAGGCAAAAGAGACGAAGAAGCUGAUAACCUUGUUCGUUACGUGUAUAACCAGUGCAAAAUCACCAUGGAAGGCGGAGUAGUGAAUGUGAGAAUUGCUACUCAGCAUUACUGUGGAAAUGUGAUAAGGAAAAUGAUAUUUGGAAAGAGGUUUUUCGGAAAAGGAAUGGAAGAUGGAGGACCAGGGGUUGAAGAGGAGGAGCAUGUCGCCGGGCUUUUCACCAUUCUUAGGUACCUUUAUGCUUUUGGUAUCUCUGAUUAUUUACCAUGUUUAAGAGGGUUUGACAUAGAUGGGCAUGUGAAGAUUAUGAAGAAAGCUCUUGGGACUGUAAGAAAAUAUCAUGAUCCUGAAAUUGACCAAAGAAUUGGGCAAUGGACGGAAGGUAGUAAGAAGGAAAAAGAAGACUUGCUUGAUGUUCUGAUUACUCUCAAGGAUAUAGAUGGUAGACCAGUGUUGUCAGCUGAAGAGAUCAAAGCCCAGAUUGUUGUAAGUCUCUCUCUCUCGUACAAACACACACUCUCACAUGAGAGUAGUAAUGUUAAACAUGGCAUUCGAAAUUAA